AUACUACAUGAAAUUAAUUUAGUUAUGUGAUCACUUAUAUACAGUAGAAUUGAUAAAAUUCUAACAAGAUAUCCUAAGAUAUUGCAUUUAAUUAAUUAAUAUUGUUUGAAACUAAAAUAACAUGAGGGGGUGCAAGUAGAUAUAUUAAACUUAUACCAGUCAAAAAGGCAAAGUUAUAAAAGUUCAGGUCCUCGAAAUUAAUAUAGGCAACUCUUGAAAACUCUAAACCCUAGAAAUAUAGGCAAAGUAUUAUUAUGGAUGGUUGUAAUUGUACAUGCACGCUAAUUUAACUCUUAUUCGAUUCAUCACUCGGCAGCCAUGGUCGCAGCAUCUCCGUUCAGAGGCGGUGGAUUUAGUGGAGACAGAGGAGAUGGAGGAGGAAGAGGCGGCGGCCGCAGCAGAGGAGGAGGUGCGAUGAAGAGAGGCGGCGGGAGAGGUGCUGCAAGGGGUAACAGAGGCGGAAGAAUAGGAAUGAAGGGAGGAAUCAAGGUGGUGGUGGAGCCACAUAGGCAUGCCGGUGUUUUCAUCGCCAAGGGAAAAGAUGAUGCUCUUUGCACUAAGAAUAUGGUUCCUGGAGAGACGGUUUACAAUGAGAAGAGGGUUUCGGUUCAGAACGAAGAUGGGACGAAGACAGAAUACAUAGUAUGGAAUCCUUUUCGUUCUAAGUUGGCUGCCGCAAUCCUUAGUGGAGUCGAAACAAUUUGGAUUAAACCUGGCUCCUCUGUCCUUUACCUUGGAGCUGCUUCUGGAACCAGUGUAUCUCAUGUUUCAGACAUCGUUGGCCCUAGUGGGGUGGUGUACGCAGUUGAAUUUUCUCAUAGAAGUGGUAGAGACUUGGUGAAUUUGGCGAAGAAGAGGACUAAUAUUAUACCUAUAAUCGAAGAUGCAAGAUACCCUGGCAAGUACAGAAUGCUCGUUGGCAUGGUCGAUGUCAUAUUUUCCGACGUUGCUCAACCAGACCAGGCAAGAAUAUUAGCUCUAAAUGCGUCGUACUUCUUGAAAGCCGGAGGCCACUUUGUGAUUUCAGUAAAGGCAAAUUGCAUAGACUCUACAGUACCUGCCGAGCUCGUGUUUGCUGUGGAAGUGAAGAGGCUGAGGGUAGAUCGGUUCAAACCAGUUGAGCAGGUCACUCUUGAACCUUACGAGCGUGAUCAUGCUAUUAUCGUUGGCGGUUAUCGCAUGCCGAUUAAAAUAAGAACCACCACACCUCAGUAAAUUUAGCCCUAUUUUUCAAUUUUUUAUUUUUAUUUUUGCUUAGAUCAAAAUUAGAUUUCAAGGUAUGUUUGAGUAAUUUUAGAAAUUUGAGGGAGUCUUUAUGUAAUUAGGCUUAGUUUAGAAGGCACAAGCAAUAUUAGUGAGAAAAAAAAAAUCCCUAAUUAAAUUUAGGUUGAAUAUUUAAUCUCAAUCUAAACUAUGAUCUCUAGUGGUGUCAUCAUCAUCUUCACAAGGUAGAUACGGGUUCUUUGUUCGAAUGAAUUCGAAUUCGGACAUGUAAUCAGAAACAUAAUCGAAAACGUAACUAUUUCAACGAGAUUUAACUGAUUCUACAGAAGAAAAAAAAUGGUUAAUCGUAUCUCAGUGUUCGAAAAAUCCGUGUGAACUACUAAUUUCACGGAUGUUCAAUUUAUAGGAGCAGAAGCAAAAUUCGGCAUCUUCCAACUACAUAUAAUCCCUCCCAUGUAUACAAAAUAG